AUGAACAAUCCACCUCCAGCCAAGGACGUUGAAGACGCCUGUGACGAGAAGUCAACUUCGACUGCUAUCGAAGGACUUCUUUCUGGAGAUCUGGCCAAGUCACUCUCUAUGUACGAAGCGGAAUACAACACCUACAUACAAGCCAUGAUGGACGUCAAGGUCGACACCACUCAAAACGUCUGGGACGACUACUAUGACUACCUGGAGGACACGAACCUGAAUUUGCAAACCAUCGACCUCGACACCAUUGACGCGGAAGGCAUCAGCGAGAUCACACAUCUGCUCAAGUUAGAGAACGAAGCAAAUGCCAGUGUCUUCAGGGUGCGCCGCUUGAUGAUGCAAGCACACAGACACAUGGACAAAUUGAGAACCCUGGCAAAAAGAAUUGAUGAGGAACAUGGUUUGGAGUUGGAGAAGAAAGCCCAUGUGGUCAAUGUUGAAUUGUUUAGACAAUACACAAAGAACGUUCAGAAGCAUUUCGUCGUUCUCCUCGAGCCAUGGAGAGCUGUCGUCUACGGACGCGCUGCUAAAGUCUUCGACAAGGAGGAAGGUUGA